AUGAAGGGUGGGAAGUUCCGCGGCGAAGGCGUCUCUAUCAAUGACUACAGUCUUGUAUUCUCCCUUGAUUUGCUCCUAUCUCUCUCUCUCUCUCUCUCUCUCUCUCUAUCUAUCUAUCUAUCUGCCUUUCCGUAUUUUUCCCGUGUUAUCCUUGAUGUUAUCCUCGAUCUAUCUAUCUAUCUAUCUAUCUAUCUAUCUAUCUAUCUAUCUAUCUAUCUAUCUAGUGGAGUCAUGAAUAAUUUCCUUACUCUUUCCUUCUUCUCCCACUAUAUCUUACUCCCUGUCACCCUCUCUCUUACUCCAUCUCACACUAACUCUUACUCCCGCUCACAUUCUAUCUUACUCCCUCUCAAACACUCUUUUGUUUACUUCCUCUCACAAACUCCCGCUCUUUCUCCUCACACAGUCCCUCACUUACUCCCUCUCACUCUCUUUCUAUUAAUCCCUCUUACACUCUCUCUUACUUCCUUUCACACACUAUUUCUAACUCCCCCUCACAUACUCUCUCUCUUACUCCCCCUUAUACACUUCUUCACUUUCUCCUUCUCACGCACUCCUUCUCUUAAUCCCUUUCACAAACACUCUCUCACUCCCUCUCACACUGUUUCUCUUACUCCAUCUCACACCCUUUCUCAUAAUCCUUCUCUUUCUCUUACCGUCUCUCUCUCUUAA